AGCACUGGGCGGUUGUGAGAAAACCUCUGGGAAAGGUGGAAUUCUUGCUUAGUCUGUUUUUCUUUGAGGGACAACAAUAAACAGCAGUACAUUUUUAAUUUUACUAAGACCAGUAAAUUAUUUAGCCUCGUGUCUCACCGAGAGGGGCGAGUGAACCGUGCGGAGAAGCAUCGUGAGCUGGAGGAAGCGGAGGCAUCUUUUCAGGACCUUGGACAGAGCGCGCGUGUAAGCUACUAUGGCACCAGUGGCGGCAGAAGCUAAUUUUGCGGAGGUUCCCGUGAGUGUGGCUGUGGUGAGUGUGUUUGGUCUGGUCUUCAUUGUCUCCAUCUUUGCAUGGAUUUGCUGUCAGCGCAAGGCCAACAAAGCCAAUAACAAAACCCCACCCUAUAAGUUUGUCCACAUGCUAAAGGGGGUUGACAUCUAUCCUGAGGGCCUGAAAGGAAAGAAGAAGUUUGGAGGAGAAAAGACACCAGACCAUGCCCAUGGAAAACAAACCCCCAGCCAUAUCAAUGGGCAGCCAGAGCUCCAUCUGGACCUGGAGAAACGAGACCUGAAUGGAAACUUCCCCACCAAGUCACCUGCUCUCCAACUGAAGGUGCGUAGUUCCCCAGAUCUGGGCAUCCCAUCCCUUCAAGGAGGCUUUGGGCAGGGUGAUAAUCAGGAGGCUUGUACUCCAGAAAGUAACCUUUCCAGUCAGGCAACAACACCAGCUGUGGAGAAGUGUCAGGACAAGGAAGGUGGUCUGGGGACACUCUUCUUUUCUGUUGAGUACAAAUUUGAGAAGAAGGCCUUCCUGGUUCACAUCAAAGAGGCCCAUGGGUUGUCUCCCACUGAUGAGCAGUCAGUGACCUCUGACCCUUAUAUUAAACUGACCUUACUGCCCGAGAAGAAGCAUAAGGUGAAGACGAGAGUUCUAAGGAAGACUCUGGACCCAGCCUUUGACGAGACCUUCAGCUUCUACGGGAUCCCAUAUGCACGUGUUUCCCAGCUGGCUUUGCACUUUAUGGUGCUGAGUUUCGACCGUUUUUCACGUGAUGAAGUGAUCGGAGAGACCCUUGUUCCUCUGUCUGACAUCGACCUGUCCGAGGGGCGGGUCCUCAUGAGCCGAGACAUUAUUAAAAAGAAUGUCAGGAAGAGUGCUGGUCGAGGAGAGCUACUUCUGUCCCUCUGUUAUCAGUCUACUGCCAGCACUCUGACUGUGGUGGUGCUGAAGGCCCGUCACCUGCCCAAGACUGACUCCAGUGGACCCUCAGACCCUUACGUGAAGGUGAACUUGUACCAGGGGAAAAAGCGAGUGUGUAAGAAGAAGACGCAUGUGAAAAAGUGCGCCCCCAACCCCGUCUUCAACGAGCUCUUUGUUUUCGACUUGCCCUCCGAAGAUAGUCUGCGAGACACCAGCGUGGAGCUCCUUUUGCUGGACUCCGAUAGGACGUCCCGUACACCUAUCAUCGGCCGGCUCCUCCUCGGCACCUCCUCCCCUGGCACUGCCGGCGAGCACUGGCGUGAAAUAUGCGAUCAUCCGCGGCGACAAAUUGCUAAGUGGCAUGUGCUGUCCGAAGACUAGCUCUGUUGGUUACCAUGCCAACAGAUGCCCAGGAACUGUCAUCAAAAUUCAUGGAUGAGUGGGCGGGAUUUGAACUGUCUCAAGUAAUGUCCCCUGUUAAUCAAUUGAUCUCAAUCAAAAUCAAAGGGAUUCGCACCAGCUCAAUCCAGCCAAUCAAUGAUUCCAAAGACUGUCUCAAAUUUCCAGUGUUGCUUUUUCUCCAUGCUUCAUUCAAAACUUGAUUAAUCAUCUCCUUGUUCAAUACCAAAUGUCAUCAAUGUUGCUCUUACUGUUCUUCUCUAUUCACUGUUAGUAAUAUUCCAUCAUGCGAUGCAAUUAAAGAAAAUCCUGGUAAUGUGAUGUAUAAUAACCGAAUGAUCCAUUUAUUUUUUAAAAGACCCUUUUACCUUUUAUUUAUUCAGAUAUGAAAAUGUAUCCUCUUCCUUUUAUACUUGAUUUCUUGAAUUUGAUUUGUUUCCAUGUUUUUGCCUGAGUAUGUUUUGUAAGCUAAUGUGAUGUGGAAGCAGCCUAAAUUAGGCACAAACAAGCAGAGACUGAUGUGUUACUGCAGAACGACUGCACAGACAGAACAGGGCUGCAUGUAGUGUGUGAAUGUGAGCGUGUGUAUGUAUAUCUAUGUGUGUAUACGCGUGUGUUAGUAUUGUUCCUGUGGAGUGUGAGACAGAGUGUUGUUUUUUUCACUGUGAGCACAACAGUGGAAGUGAUGUAUAUGUGUAUUACUAUAAAACAUACAGUU